UUUCGUCAGUAGUCGACAUGUGAUGGUUUCAGUGGUUACACUACUUUCUAACUUUUAAUACUAUUGAAAGUGAAAUUUUUAAUUAUGUGCUCCCUGUGUUCCUAAUCUCGACAUUUCAAUAACAUUCUUAUUAUCAGUUAUCUACCUUGUAAUUAACAAAGUGAAAGUGCAAUGCUGCGUUUAGACGACGAAAUUAGCUAUAGGCGAAUAUCAGGUCCAGAAGGAAUAAAAACAUUCUCAUGUUUCCAAUUAGGCAAAUGCGUGUAAUUUCUCUCACGCGAACAGUUAAACAACUUUUCGAAUAAGGCUAUAGAAAUCCGUCAUGGUGGAAGAGGCGAACAAGCAUGGAAAGAUGUCUGACGUUACUUUCAGCGGUAGUCUUCUUCAUUACCAUUGCUUUGCUCAUAGCUCUUGUAACCGUAUUGUACAACCGACCUAGUGACAAAUCAAGCGAUCUUAUCCACAGUGAAGCAUUGCAAGAUGAUCGACCAGAUUCUACAAACACAAUUUCCGACCAACACUGCGUGAAGAAUGUAUGUUUAACAACAGGAUGCAUUCGUACAGCUGCCGAUGUUUUAAACAAUAUGGACCAGACUGUCGACCCGUGUGACGAUUUCUAUCAAUUUGCAUGCGGUAACUUCAUCCAGAAGACGAAUAUCCCAGACGACAAGUCUUCGGUUACUUCCUUUAGCGUUAUCAGCGAUCUGCUACAAGAACAGUUAAGGACGAUGAUAGAAGAACCGGUCAAACCUCGCGAACCUAAACCGUUCGUGCUGCUCAAGAGAGUUUACAAGUCGUGCAUGAACAAAACCGCAAUCGAAUCUGACGGUCUGACUACGAUAAAAUCAAUCCUGAAGGAUUUGGGCGGAUGGCCGGUGCUAGAGGGGCCGAAAUGGGAAGAGGGUAAAUUUAACUGGAGACAGUCAGUUUACAAAUUCCGGAAAGCGGGAUACAGCGUCGAUUAUUUCCUCGACUUUUCUAUUGGCAUCGAUUUCAAGAAUACUUCACGGCGAGUUAUUGACAUCGAUCAGGGAGCUUUAGGUUUACGAAGAGAAUUCCUGAUUAAGGGACUUGACGAUAAACUUGUGCGCGCCUACUACGAUUACAUGGUCGACAUCGCCGUUAUUUUUGGGGCCGAUACGGAGGUGGCUAAAAAGGAGCUGAAGGAAUCGUUGGAUUUCGAAAUCAAACUUGCCAAUAUUUCACUCCCAAGUGAGAAACGAAGAAAUGCCAGCUUAUUGUACAAUCCGAUGUCAGUGGCCGAUCUGCAACUAAAGUUCCACAGUAUUCCUUGGUUAGAGUACUUAAACUCAGUAUUAGACUUGCCUGAAAUUAAAAUCAAAAACACCGACAUGGUCAUUAUUAGUGUUCCUAGUUACAUUACGGAGUUAGAAAAAUUACUUAGCAAUACACCCAAAAGGAUACAAGCGAACUACGUCAUGUGGCGAGCUGCUGCUUCUUCGGUAUCGUACCUCACUGAGCAACUGCGCCAACGUCAAUUGCGGUACAGCACAAUUUUGAGCGGUCGCACAGAAAGAGAGUCCAGAUGGAAGGAAUGCGUCGAUAUAGCUGCUGGAAGUUUGUCUAUUGCCGCGGGUGCUUUAUACGUUCGUAAAUACUUCCACGAGGAUGCCAGACAAAACGCCAUAGAGAUGGUUUCCGACAUUAGGAACGAGUUUAUUGAUAUACUAAAGACAGUUGAAUGGAUGGAUAACGUUACAAGGAAACACGCUCUGGAGAAAGCAGCUACCAUGACGUCCCACAUUGCUUACCCCGAUGAGCUUCUCUCAGACCAAAAAUUGGAAGAGUUUUAUGGAGGGCUCGAUUUUAAAUCUGAUCACUACCUAAGAACCAUGCUGAGUCUCACAUUGUUUGGAACCGAGUAUUCCUUCAAACGACUGACAAUGCCAGUAAACAAAACCGAGUGGAUUACUCAUGGAAGGCCUGCUGUUGUCAACGCAUUUUAUUCAGCAAUCGAGAACAGUAUACAAUUCCCCGCCGGAAUCCUGCAGGGGGUGUUCUUCAACAAUGAUAGACCACGAUACAUGAACUAUGGGGCGAUCGGUUUCGUAAUUGGCCACGAAAUCACUCACGGAUUUGAUGAUCAAGGUCGCCAGUUCGACAAAGAUGGAAAUUUGGUCGACUGGUGGGCGUCCUCUACGAAAGAAGCCUUUAACAAGAAAGCGCAAUGUAUCAUCGACCAAUACGGAAACUACUCCAUUCCAGAAAUUGGAUUAAACUUGAAUGGCAUUAACACGCAGGGAGAAAAUAUAGCUGAUAACGGUGGUAUAAAGGAGGCUUAUGUAGCGUAUAGUAAGUGGGUUAAGCGAAAUGGAAAAGAGCCUAGACUGCCCGGUCUAAACUAUACCGGCCAUCAGUUGUUUUGGAUUUCGGCUGCGAACGUGUGGUGCUCAAAGACGCGUUUGGAAGAGAUCAAGCAGCUUGUCGUUAUUGAUGGACAUUCGCCGGAUAAAUUUAGAGUAAACGUACCGUUAGGAAAUAUGGAUUACUUUGCUAAGGACUUCAACUGUCCUAAGGGAAGCAAAAUGAAUCCCGCCAGUAAAUGUAGUCUUUGGUAGUGAUCGAAAUUAUUGCUUUUUAUUUAAAUUGACGACUUUUGUACAUAGGUUUUUAUAUCUUAAUCUGUUUUAUUGAUGUAAGUAUGUAGAGAUCUAAAUACCCAACUGUUUGUUAGUGAUAAGUAUCCUGAAUUGUAAAUAAUAUCGUGAUCCAGCUUUUAGAUAGUUUUAGAACCACUACUUAAUUGCACAGCCGUUUGUAGUAUACUUGCACAAAUUGGUCCGCACUUGCACCUUUGGUGGUUUUAUACAGGUUUCGGUUAUAAACCUUAUUGUUAUGUACGCUCUUAUUUUCAUGACUCAUCCAUUGCGUACCCUCAACGCCAUGUAUGAGUAAAAUAGGUUUGUUGUACAUAAAUGUAUAUUUUUACAAUGUAAAAGCACCUAAAGCGGUUUUUUUAAAUUAUAAACUUCGUAAGUACCUAAAUAAAUUAUUGCGAAUCUAGAGAACGUGAGAGUAAUUUGUUAAACUACUUUUAGUUAAAUGGCAUCAACACACAGGGCGAAAACAUUGCUGAUAACGGUGGAAUAAAAGAGUCGUACCUCGCCUAUAACUCGUGGGUUAAGCGAAAUGGUC